AUGGAAGCGGUCAAGCUCAAGCGCAAAGCCGAGAGAUCGCAGCUAACGCGGCUUAUUAACGACAUCGAAUCAACGCUUAACCAAGACAGUGUUACGGAAGAGCAGCUUUGCAUCCUUAGCGAACGCCUCAAUCAUCUUCACACCGACUUGAGGGCAACUGACUCCGACAUCGUACCUCUGCUCUCUAUCACGGAAGCUAAAGCAGAGUUUGAUCGGGUUGUCGAUUACAAUGAUCGAGCCACAGCGACGUCCGCAAAGCUCAAAUACCGUAUACGUCAGAUUCAUGAAUCACUCAACCGUACGUCAUCGUCGACGUCAAACGAACCCGUUCAACGCACGCUGCAACCCGGUGUUCAUCUUCCGAAGAUCGAACUUAUAAAGUUCAAUGGUCGACCAUCAAUGUGGCCGCCUUUUUGGGAACAGUUCAACCAAGUGAUCCACAACAACGGUGGCCUCACCGACGUCGACAAGUUCACCUAUCUACGCUCAGUCUUGACCGGCGACGCGGCAUUGGCGAUCGCGGGACUUCCAGCAACUGCGAGCUGCUACAGUGAUGCCCUGGACAUUCUAAAGCGCCGCUUUGCUAAGGACGACUUGAGCAUUCAGGAUCACAUGCAGCGACUCAUCGACUUGCAACCCGUUCGAUCCCCCAAUGAACUUCGUGGCCUUCGAAGCCUCUAUGACACUGUGCAGUCCCAGACACGUGCCCUCAAGACUCUUGGGAUAUCGGAAGAUAAUUAUUCUUCAAUGGUCUACCCCAUUCUCCUGAAAUCGCUUCCUCACGAUAUUGUCCUCGAUUUCAACAAGACCAUCGCACGCCAGAGUUCCGAGGAAAGGGGAGGAGCUGGAAGCACUGACGAACAAGCACAGCGCACCCAGCAACAGAAGGCGAACAUUAAGUCUUUGCUGCUUUUUAUUCAAACAGAAAUAGAGUCUCGAGAACGAACAGUCCUGCAUGUUUCUGUACAAGAGGACGCGUAG